CGCGCGCCGCACUCUCCGAUCCGCUGCUCAUACGAUGCUGAAGAUCUUCAGCGCAUCGGGCCGGUUCCUGGGCGGCAUUCAGCGAUGACAGUUUGAUCUCCCACGAAAACCGGUUUGCACCCUCGUACACAUCGGGGCUUUACGCACAGCAUGGUUCGUGUAGACCAAACGGCACAGAGGCGCACUGAAAUGGGACUUGGAAAGUUACUUAUGCCGAAUGAAGCUUAUUCUUCAUCUGGGCGGACUCAGUGAACGGGAGGUUCUUCACUGGCAAAAGACUCGUCUUGGGGAUAACAACAGCAUUCGCCUGGAGCAGAGACUAACUUUUGGUUAUUGGAAUGAGAAUAACAUAGCAUUAUUGAUUAUGAGCGAAUUAUCACCCGUCUAAUCACAUUGUAGGAGCCGUUAUCAACUGUUCGUGAACUAGAGGCGUUUGCGCUGUGGAUUGGGAAUAUACUGUUUGAUCAAACAUUUAAGUAAAUUCAUGAGAGUAGAAACAGUGGAUACAAAGGGAGGAAAGUAUAUGUGAUUACUGAAAAACCAAUAUAUCUGUGCACUGGAGACGUAAACUGUGCAUGCGUAAUUGCGCAAAGUUGUAAUCUAAACAAACUCGCACCUACAACGGAGUUUAACGAUAUUCAAGUUUGAGACAUAAAUGUGAAGGAUUAGUCUUUUACUGAGUUGCACGCGACCUCGCUUCUUUGAGCAAAGACGCGAAAGAGACACUCGAAAAUUACGCGCACAACUGUGGCUGGACGGUGGAGGAGCAACAUGUACCCGGCGUACCGGACAAACGCGUUCAGUAUCUCUCCAUCUGCUCAUCUGGCAAUGUGUGGGAAUUCGGGAAAAGCGAGAAAGAGACCCUGUUGGAUUGUAAUAUUGCUGUCGGUGAUCCUACAACUGGCGUCAGCACAAGAUGACGUUCCUCCAUACUUUAAAACCGAGCCUGUACCGAGUCAGUUGCACCUGGAGAGGAACCGGUUGGUUCUGACCUGUAUGGCCGAGGGGAGCUGGCCUUUGGAAUUUAAAUGGAUCCACAACGACACAGAGAUCACGCGCUUCUCGCUGGAGUACAGGUAUUUGAUACCGUCUCUGGACAGAUCGCAUGCUGGCUUCUAUCGGUGUAUUGUGAGGAACAGAGUCGGAGCGUUGUUACAGAGGAGAACCGAAGUGCAAGUGGCAUAUAUGGGAAGUUUUGAGGACGGGGAACGAGCCCAAGCCGUAUCCCAAGGAGAAGGAGCGGUUAUACCGGCGCCUCGCAUUCGAUGUUUUCCUCAACCACAGGUUACCUGGUUCAGAGACGGACGCAAAAUCCCCCCAAGCAGUCGAAUAGCCAUUACUCUGGACAAUACGCUGGUCAUCCUGUCCACCGUGGCUCCAGAUGCUGGGAGAUACUACGUGCAAGCCGUAAAUGACAAGAACGGAGAAAACAAGACCGGCCAGCCCAUAACGCUGUCUGUGGAAAAUGUCGGUGGUCCUGCAGACCCCAUCGCUCCCACCAUUGUGAUUCCGCCGAGGAACACCAGCGUCAUAUCCGGCACCUCUGAGGUCACGAUGGAGUGUGUGGCCAACGCUAGGCCAUUGAUAAAGCUGAGCAUCAGUUGGAAGAAGGACGGUGUUCCGGUGAGGAGUGGACUGAGUGAUUUUAACCGUAGACUGACGGUGUUGAGUCCGGUUGUCAGUGACUCUGGCUUCUACGAGUGUGAAGCUGUCCUCCGUAGCAGUAGCGUUCCCUCUGUCAGCGCUGGAGCGUACCUGCAUGUGCUCGAACCACCUCAGUUUGUGAAGGAACCAGAGAAACACAUCACCGCUGAGAUGGAGAAAGUGGUGGACAUUCCCUGCCAGGCCAGAGGUGUCCCUCAGCCUGAUAUCGUGUGGUAUAAGGACGCAGUACCCAUAAGCCCCGUGAAGACCCCGCGCUACAGAGUGCUGGCAGGGGGUAGUCUCCAGGUCAACGGCCUUCUGCCUGACGACACCGGAAUGUUCCAGUGCUUCGCCCGCAACCAGGCCGGAGAGGUGCAAACCAACACCUACCUCGCAGUUACGAGUAUAGCACCGAACAUCACGGCGGGGCCUUCCGACAGCACUGUGAUUGACGGCAUGUCAGUUAUCCUGCACUGUGAGACCUCAGGAGCGCCCCGUCCUGCCAUCACCUGGCAGAAAGGAGAACGAGUGCUGGCCAGCGGUUCGGUUCAGCUACCCCGGUUCACUCUUCUGGAAUCAGGAAGUUUACUUAUAAGCCCCUCCCACAUAUCAGAUGCCGGCACCUACACCUGCAUGGCCAGCAACUCCCGUGGCAUAGACGAGGCCUCGGCCGACCUCGUGGUCUGGGCACGUACACGCAUCACUAAUCCUCCACAGGAUCAGAGCGUCAUCAAAGGAACAAAAGCCACCAUGACCUGUGGUGUGACACAUGACCCCAGCGUCUCAGUCAGGUUUGUUUGGGAGAAGGAUGGUCAGGUGAUCAUCCCCCAGUCUCUGCCUCGAAUGCGACUGGAUGUCAACGGAACGCUGCACAUCUCUCAGACCUGGUCAGGUGACAUCGGCACAUACACCUGCAGAGUGACAUCAGUGGGCGGCAAUGAUUCCCGCAGCGCACACUUACGCGUGAGGCAGUUGCCUCAUGCCCCUGAGAACCCCACCGCAGUGUUAAGCACCUCAGAGAAGAGAGCCAUAAACCUCACGUGGGCCAAACCUUUUGACGGGAACAGCCCUCUCAUUCACUACAUUCUGGAAGUAUCUGAAAACAACGCUCCUUGGACGGUCCUGUUGGCUAACAUUGAGCCAGAGUCGGCCGCUGUAACGGUCAACGGGUUGAUCCCGGCACGCUCAUACCAGUUCCGUCUGUGUGCCGUCAACGACGUUGGCAAAGGCCAGUUCAGCAAGGAGACUGACCGGGUCUCUCUUCCAGAAGAGCCACCCAGCGCUCCCCCUCAGAACGUCAUUGCCAGUGGCCGCACCAACCAGUCCAUCAUGAUUCAGUGGCAGCCACCACCAGAAAGCCACCAAAAUGGCAUCCUGAGAGGAUACAUCAUCCGGUAUCGCCUGACCGGUCUGCCUGUGGAUAUCCAGUAUAAAAACAUCUCCAACCCUGAUGUCACCAACCUCCUGCUGGAGGAUCUCAUCAUCUGGACUAAUUAUGAAAUCGAGGUGGCUGCCUAUAAUGGAGCUGGACUAGGUGUUUACUGCCAUAAGGUUACAGAGUGGACACUCCAGGGAGUUCCCACCAUCGCUCCAGGCAACGUGAAAGCAGAGCCCGUCAACUCCACCACUAUCCGCUUCACCUGGACAGCCCCGAACCCGCAGUUCAUUAACGGCAUCAACCAGGGCUACAAGCUGUUAGCAUGGGAGCCAGGAAAGGAAGAUGAGAUGACAGUAGUGACAGUUCGGCCAAACUUCCAGGACAGCGUUCACGUGGGCCACAUCACCGGCUUGAAGAAGUUCUCGGAGUACUUCACCUCUGUGCUCUGCUUCACCACACCUGGAGAUGGUCCUCGCAGCUCUCCACGACGCCUGCGCACACAUGAAGACACUCCUGGUGCUGUGGGUCACCUGAGCUUCACUGAGAUUCUAGACACUUCUCUCAAAGUCAGCUGGAGAGAACCCAAUGAGAAGAACGGUGUUCUGACUGGGUACCGUAUAUCAUGGGAGGAGUACAACCGUACUAACACUCGGGUUACACACUACCUGCCUAAUGUUACUCUGGAAUACAGAGUCACUGGACUAACCGCUCUCACCACGUACACCAUUGAGGUGGCCGGAAUGACCUCUAAGGGUCAGGGUCAGCUGUCAUCUUCAACAAUCUCUUCAGGAGUACCACCAGAGCUUCCCGGGCCUCCCACAAACUUGGCCAUCUCAAACAUCGGCCCUCGAUCAGUAACCUUACAGUACAAGCCAGGAUAUGAUGGCAAGACUUCAAUUUCUCGUUGGCAGGUGGAGGCCCAGGUGGGUAUCAUUGGAGAGAAUGAGGAUUGGGUGAUGGUCCAUCAGCUGGCCAAUGAGCCUGAUGCUCGCUCUCUGGAGGUCUCCGGCCUCAACCCCUAUACCUUUUAUAGGUUCCGUAUGCGUCAGGUGAACAUAGUGGGCACCAGUCCACCCAGCCAGCCUUCCAGAAAGAUCCAGACCCUUCAGGCUUCUCCUGAUAUUGCCCCCGCAAAUGUCACCCUGCGGACAGCCAGCGAGACCAGCCUCUGGCUCCGAUGGGUGCCUCUUCCUGAAUGGGAGUACAACGGGAACCCUGAUUCGGUGGGAUACCGUGUGCAGUACAGCAGGACUGGAGCUCAGUCUAAAGCCCUACUGCACGUCAUCGCUGACCGCUUGGAGAGAGAGUUCACCAUCGAGGACCUGGAGGAGUGGACGGAGUAUGAGGUCAGAGUUCAGGCCAUCAAUGGCAUCGGAGCAGGACCGUGGAGUCAACCCGUACGCGGAAGAACCCGAGAGUCCGUCCCAUCUUGUGGUCCCACAAAUGUUUCUGCAUUUGCCACUACCUCCAGCAGCAUUCUGGUCCGCUGGUUUGAAGUUCCCGAAACUGAUCGGAAUGGACUUAUCCUGGGCUACAAGGUGGCAUAUAAGGAGAAGGAUUCAGACUCUCCACUACAGUUCUGGACGGUGGAAGGAAACGCCAGCCAUAGUGUUCAGCUGACCGGACUGGGGAAGUAUGUUCUGUAUGAGAUCCAGGUGCUAGCCUUCACCCGCAUCGGAGACGGCCGACCCAGCUCUCCUUCAAUCCUGGAGCGAACCCUUGAUGAUGUUCCCGGGCCGCCUGUCGUCAUUCUGUUCCCUGAAGUCCGGACCACCUCGGUCAGACUCAUCUGGCAGCCACCUUCCCAGCCCAACGGGAUCAUACUGGCCUAUCAGAUCACAUACCGCCUGAACUCCACCAAUAGCAACACGGCCACGUUUGACGUCUUGAACUCCAGCGCACGGCAGUAUACCGUCACCGGACUGAGGCCGGAAUCCGUGUACGUGUUCCGUAUCAGAGCGCAGACACGCAAGGGAUGGGGAGAGGCAGCAGAGGCUAUAGUGGUCACCACAGAGAAAAGAGCUCGGCCCCAGCCCACCAGCCGUCCCACAGUCCCUCAGGAAAACGUACAGGCACGCAGCGUGCUGUUGUCAUGGGAACCAGGCAGCGACGGUUUAUCACCGGUCCGGUAUUACACAGUUCAGGUCCGAGAGCUGCCCGAGAAGAACUGGACGGUUCAUUCUGCUUCUGUCAGCCAUGACUCCAGCUCCUACAUCGUAGACAGACUGAAGCCCUUCACCUCCUAUCAGUUCAGAGUGAAGGCCACUAAUGACAUCGGAGACAGUGACUACAGUGAAGAGAGUGAAGCCAUCACAACACUACAGGAUGCUCCAGAUGAAUCUCCCACAAUCCUGACUGUCACGCCACACACCACAACCUCUGUGCUGAUUUGCUGGCAGCCCCCUCCUGAGGAGAAGAUUAACGGGAUCCUGCUGGGCUUCCGAAUCCGAUAUCGGGAGUUGCUUUAUGAUCGACUCCGAAGUUUCAGCGUUCACACCAUCAGUGGUGCUUCAACCAGCUGGGCAGAACUGACCUCUCCAUAUAGUUUGCGGAAUCUCAGCGAGCCGUCCCUCACUCAGUACGAGCUGGACCAUCUUAUGAAGCACAAGCGAUAUGAAAUCAGAAUGAGUGUGUACAAUGCUGUUGGUGAGGGACCUACUAGCUCACCACAGGAAGUCUUUGUUGGUGAAGCAGUUCCCACUGCCCCGCCUCAAAAUGUGAUCAUCCAAUCAGCUACCGCCACACAAUUUGAUGUGACGUGGGACCCGCCUCCGCUGGAAACUCAGAAUGGAGACAUUCAGGGUUAUAAGAUUUUCUUUUGGGAAUAUCAACGGAAAAACGAGACUGAGAAACUGCGGACACUCUUCCUGCCAGAGGGAGGGGUGAAGCUCAAAAAUCUAACGGGCUACACCACCUACAUGAUCAGUGUUGCUGCUUUCAACGCAGCGGGCGAUGGGCCACGCAGUCCACCGACCAGAGGAAGAACCCAACAAGCUGCUCCCAGCGCUCCCAGUUUCAUCCAUUUCAGUGAGCUCACCACCACCUCUGUCAACGUGUCGUGGGGCGAGCCUGUCUUCCCUAAUGGCAUCCUCGAGGGUUACAGACUCAUCUACGAGCCCUGCAUGCCCGUGGAUGGCGUCAGUAAGAUCGUGACGGUGGACGUGAAGGGGAACGCCCCCCUGUGGCUGAAAAUCAAAGACCUAGCGGAUGGCGUCACGUACAACUUCCGCAUUCGUGCCAAAACCUUUACCUAUGGUCCAGAGGUGGAGGCCAACAUCACCACAGGACCUGGUGAAGGAGCCCCGGGCCCUCCUGGUGAGCCCUUCAUCUCUCGAUAUGGUGCCGCCCUCACCAUCCACUGGGCCAAUGGGGAUCCUGGGCGAGCACCCAUCACACGAUAUGUUAUCGAGGCCAGACCCUCAGAUGAAGGCUUGUGGGACAUAUUAAUCAAGGACAUUCCCAAGGAAGUGACAUCAUACACCUUCAACAUGGAUAUCUUGAAACAGGGAGUCAGUUAUGACUUCCGGGUCAUUGGGGUCAAUGACUAUGGGUACGGGUCUCCAAGCCAACCGUCACCAUCCAUAUCAGCCCAAAAAGUGGCUCCAUUCUAUGAGGAAUGGUGGUUUCUGGUUGUGGUCGCUCUGGUCGGCCUCAUUUUCAUCCUGCUUCUAGUUUUCAUCCUCAUCAUCAGAGGCCAGAGCAAGAAAUAUGCCAAGAAAUCUGACUCAGGCAACAAUUCCAACUGCAACGCACUGGCGCAUGGAGAGAUGGUCAGUCUGGACGAGAGCCGCUUCCCUGCCCUGGAGCUGAACAAUCGUCGACUGUCAGUCAAAAAUUCCUUCUGCCGCAAAAAUGGUGUCUAUACCAGAACAUUUGAAAACCACAUGAGGGACAAGACUCGCUGUGCUGAAACGUUCUCAAAAGUAGGAUACAGCCCUCCAGGAAAGGAGGCGCUUGUUUUCUCCUUUAAGACUGGGGGCCUCCAAACUCUUCCAACUCAAUGGGGCAGUGACAGCGAAUACGAGGUGGACCCCAACCGGCAAAAGACCCAUUCGUUUGUCAACCACUACAUCAGCGACCCUACCUACUACAACUCCUGGCGCAGACAGCAGAAGGGAAUCUCCCGAGCGCAGGCCUACAACUACACCGAGUCCGAGUCCGGAGAGCCCGAACACUGCGCCCCUCCGCCCCCUCUGCCACCUCUGCCCCCUCUACCCCCGUUCCCCCCACAGCUCAGUUCCCCUACGCCCCAAAGCCAGUCCCAGACUGGCAGCCUUUUUAGACCGAAGGGCAGCCGGACUCCCACUCCAUCCCAGCAGAGCUCCAACCCGCCCAGUCAGCACGGCACACUUUACCGGCCCCCGAGCAGCUUGGCCCCUGGCUCCCGGGCCCCCAUCGCCGGCUUCUCCUCCUUUGUUUGACAGAAUGAAGAUAUCGGUACAUGGAAACACCAAACGAAGGCAGGGGGAGGGGGGAUCUCUUGUUUUCCCAAACGCCUGGUCAAACUCACAGAACAACAACAAACAUCAGCCCUAGAUCUGUUGUGCUUUACUUGUCAUCGCAAGCUCAUUUUUAUUUUUGUAUUCCUCCUUUGAUCACAGUUUAUUUUUCGUUCAGGUUUUUUUGUUUUCUUUCUCUGCUAAUGUGUGUUUUCAGUGUGUUUCACUCACAAUGAAAGACAAUCACUUGGAAAGACACGUAAACACAUCCGUGAGCUUCGUUUGUUUCGCUUUGGGUUGAUUUUGUUGUGCUGCCUCAACAAACUGCAUGGCUUUUUUUUUUUUUGGUUCAAACCAUUCUUUUUGUUUGCUUUUUCAUUUUGUUGAUAUUGGUUCUUUUGUUUUAUCGAGUUCCACAAAAGUGUACAAUACAAAACUAAGAUAUGAAUGCUGGACAGAAGCACCAACACGCAACAGGCUAUGGAGUAAAUCUCAGCAUUUGGAUCACCAGCGGUGACUAACAUCUAUUAAAACGCAUCUAUUUUUUUUUUUUACUGUGGUAUUUUUGUUCUUAAACAGAUGACAUAGUACUUUGGUGAUUAUGAGAGGUUAAAGUUCAUUCGACUAGAGACUAUGAUCUGAUAAAGACCCGCCUGCUCUUAGCACGUUUGAGUUGGAAAGCCAGCAUCAUUUAUUGAUGUCACAGUUCAGUUUUAACCAGUGUUCUAAAAAGGCCAAAGGUCAUAUUAAGUGCUUAAUGCUAAUCUGUGUUUUGAAUGUUUUUUUUUUUCCCAGAUGUGAAAUGUAGAUUGCGCGAGUAUAUUUGCCGUGUGAAACUGAUAGAUGAAAGGCCAAAUAUGUAAGAAUCUGAUUUACUAUGAUGUUAUUGUCCUAUUGCUCUGGAUUGAUUCAGAUUCAGAGGAUUCGUGUCAGCAGCGGGUGUGUACUGUAUGUGUGUGUUACUUGGUGGGCGGGGUCAUUUGUUGCUCCUUUUGAUUUGACUCUAUGAUGUCAUCCUGAGCUUCAGGUUGCACUUCCGCCGUGCAACCGGUAACAUCCGACACAAACGUAAAAUAAACAGCGGUGUAUAUGAGACAUUUGCCAGCAUCUCAGGCGGAGCUGGAAGUCAAACGUACCCAUUAAAGAGUUCCUGUUCACACCGAUUUUCACUUUACAUGACUCUGCCAGUGAUGUCAUCUUCGCCGUUCACAUAGAUCAUCUGGCAACACGUGACAUCAUAGGAGCAGAUGACAUUUUCAAAGAUUGUGCAACCAAGCAAAUGUAUUGUACCUGUGAACUUCAGACCAUGGAUUUUCACCACUUCGCUUUGACGCGGCUGUUCAAAGUUACUGAAGAUAAAAGAAAACCAACUAAGGGACCCGGCACCACGCCAGCAGGGAACUGAACGGCACUUGCAACAGCUUACUUGUGAGGUUUAACGAUGUUGUUUGCUUUUUCCUUUCCGUGAAGUGAUUUUACUGUCUGUAUAAACAAGGUCAAUCACAUGCUCAGUCUGCCUGAACACAGUAUAUUCCUAAAUAAAUUAUGUUUUCUGCAAAAGUUA